CAAUAUCAAAAUCGAUUCAUUUCCGCUCAAAUCUUGGUGGAAAACGUAUAGCUUGCAUCUUUUAGUGCAAAAAUUUUGCGUUUUCUUUGAGAAUUUGCCGUAAUUCAUAUCUAAUUAUAGAGAAAUAAUAGCGUAAAUCAUUUUAAAUAAUCAGAUAAGUUGUUUUAAACUAUUCUCAUUGUAAAAGAAAACGGGUUCGUUCGACGUAUGGUAGCCGUAAUGGAAGACAGGGCGUUGUCUCCACCAGGAUAGCUUUUAAUUGACUUUCUGGUUUAUUUAUCGAACAAUUGUGCCAUGCUGCGAUUGUUUUAAGAAGAAUUCAGCCGAUUUGACUCGAUUAUAGUGUUUUAUUUGUAGUGCGACAAGUUUAGGAUUUUUGGAAAUGCCGCGCAUCGAUCCCUUCCAGCUGCUGAAAUGCUUGUCGGUGCUUUUAGGCCCGGAAGGGGGCAUUCUUUCGCAAGACGAAGUACCGCGCCUUGUCAACUUGAUGACUAAGUUUUCGAAAAAAUUAGUCAGCAAAUGUGUAUAUAUUUUGAUACUUAAAAGCACGGAACAAUCAUUAGUCAAUUUGUUUAUGGCUGAAGGUGGUUGGAAUUUGAUACACAAUUGGUUACAAGAUGCGAUUCAUGUCUCAAAUUGGGACCUCGUCAAAGAGAUUUUAAGCCUACUUUUGGUUACGCCUGUUGACGUUGAGAGAUUGAAGUUGAACAAUAUCCCAAAAUUGGUUAAAAGUUUGUCAAAGCUUGAUGAAGUUAAAGGAGUUCAAGAGUUGUCCACGCAACUUGUUCACGAUUGGUUAGUGAUAGUUAAAGGCAAUAAUAAACCAGAAGAAACGGCGGUAACUCAAGCUGUUGAAGCAGUAAAGACUGAAAAUGAUGCGUCUGGCACGCCUCUUAGCUCUGAUAACAUUGACACUGUAGAUAGUUCACAAAUAAAACCGUCAGAUGAUCCACCAGAUGAAGCAAUAUCUACAAACACAUUUUAUAAAGUUACUGUUCGAGAUGGUAAACAGGUGAUCAGUAGAACAGCUUCUGUUGACGGCAGUCAUGACGCUCCAACAGAAGCGGCCUCUGCUGAGCCACCGGAACCGGUUGAAAUUAAGAAAGAAAUAAAGGAAGAGAAAUUAGAUGAUAAAAAGUCGAGCGAUAAAAGUAAAUCAAAAAGUCGGUCUAGUUCGUCGUCAAAACAUAGCUCUUCAAGUCGGUCAAAAAGCAGUAGUAGCAAGAGCAGCAGUAGUAAAGAUAGGCACAAAUCUAGCAGUUCAAAGAGUAGUAGUAGGGACAAAGACAGAGAUAGGGACAGAGAUAAGACGAAAAAAGAUAAGGCUAACGGAGCUAAAGUCACUAGCAAAGAUAAAACUGAGUCUAAAGAGAAACAAGCGGAGAAAGAUAAAGACACUCUUGCCAAGAUCAAGCCGCAAAGUAUUGAUAAAUUAGGCCGAAUCCCCAAAAAGACUGACGAUAAAACGAAAGAAAAUAAAGAAGUUAAGAAACCCACUAUGUCUAUCGAGGUCAGAAAAAAUACAGAAGAGCGCCCUAAAACAGUCAAAGUCUUUAAUUCAAAACGGCGGUCGACCGGUUUAGAGGAGGAAGCGAAACCGCCUCCACCGAGGCCCACGAAGAAACCGCCAGUUGCACUACCACCCAGCAUUCCCCAGAAGAGGACGUCGCCCGUUAAAGAGCUCCCGACACCUCCAGAGAAGAAAUUUAAAAUGGAAAUACCGGAACGACCAGGGGCCAUUAAAUUAAUACCACCAAAACCAAAACCGCCGGUGUUACAAGAAAGCGACAUAUUCAUGGACGCUCUUGCGGCUUCAGCAACGUCGAAAAAAGAGCCCAAGAAGCGGAAACGACGUCCGAGUGUCACAAAAGACACUCCAAGUUCCCCAACAACGCAAGAACCCCAAACACCAACAUCGCCCGUCACCUCGCCCAUCGGUUUGAAAAAUAUCGCGGCGCCAAACUUCUACCAGGACACUUUACAAACGGAACAAACCGACGAAAAGGACGAAAACAAGGAAGAAACCGAACGGUCGGGCACCCCGAUCGAAGAGGACGAGCGGCCGCGGACGGACGGCGGCCUCAAGGGCGUCCUGGUCUACACCAAGAAGAAAGGACCGAAAAAAUCGGUCAAAUUCAACGACAACAACUUAACACAAGUGCGCUUCUUCGAACUGGACGAAACCGAGCGAGUGAAUGUAACGAAGAACUUCAUGGACAUGGCGAAGAUGGAGAUGACGAGCGAGCGCGAAGCGCUGCAAAUGUCGCGGAAACUGCCAAACGAGGACAUAAUGGAGCCCCAAACGAUGUGGCGGCUGCCGUACCUGAUCGACUUACCCGACCCCCUGGCAGCCCCCGGUUGCAAAAGUUUGGAGAAAGACAUACAAUUCGCCCGGGAAAAGAGCGUGCUCCAGGCCCUGUACUUCGACAAGCGGAAAAUUCCGGAUAGUCCGGAAGAACCAGUCCCGGAGACGCACCAAAUGAGCGACCCCAUCAACAUUCCACUUGAGGACGCGGACAGUCAGGAGAUGGACCUGCGGAACACCCCCUGGCCGGAGCCGAAGGGGUCGCCGCCCCCCAUGCAGGAGAAUCUGCCCCCGCAGAUAUUCUCCAACAUGGCGGUGCCUUUCCAGAACUUCCAGCCCCCGGCGUUCCAGGGCAUGCCGCCGAGGUUUGGCCCCCAGAACGGGCCGUUCGGGGGCCCUCCGAAUAUGAUGCCCAAUGGGAAUAUCAUGGGGCCGCCCCCGGACAUGAUGCACCAAGGGCCGCUUAACCCGAACGCCUUCGGGCCGGAGAAUUUCAACAAUCCCAUGAUGAAUGACAAUAAUUUCCCCAUGCCGUUUAACCCCCCGAAUAUGGGGAUGUUUCCGCCGAAUAAUUUUAAUAUGAACAGAGGGAGAGGGGGCUUCAGGAGAGGGGGUAAUAAUGGGCCGUGGAUUAGGAUGAACGGGCCCGGAAAUUGGAACAAUCGGGGCGGUGGGGGCAGGGGGCGCCUGUGCAAAAACGUGAAAAAUCAUGGAUAUUGUAGGAAUAUGGAUAAGUGCCCCUUUAUCCACCCCAAAUGAGCGACUUUUGUGGCUUUUAAUUCGAUAAGUGUUCUUGUGAUAUAGUUAAGAGUGUAGUUAUGUAUAUACAUUUUGUGAUUUUUUAAGUGUAGCAGACUUUUUUAAAGUACAAAUUACUUAAACGUAAACGUGACCUACAUAUGAUGAGGAUGUUGUCAUACAUUUUAAUUUAUUCAAUUGUGAUUUAGCGCUAGAGUGAACGAUGUAUGUACAGAGUACUAUUUCACACCGGUGUAAAUAAUUAUUAGGUAUGUUUUAAGAUGUAAAGAGUAAGAUUUUGUAAAAUACAUUUUGAUGUUAAUUUUUCCAAGCAAAUUUAAUAUAAUGUUAAUAUUAAUUGAAAUGGAUAUUUAUCAGUGACAUUAAUUUUAUACUUAAUUUUAAGAGCGGAUUAUUUUCAUUUUUUAAAUAAAUUUUAUAGGCACAGACUUUAACAGUUA